CACGUGAUAUUGGAAUCGAUUAAAUAUCCCCAAGAGCAUGAGAGCUACAGCAGAAAAUUAAAGAGGAACCAGUUGCCCGAGCCUAUCUAAAAAGCGCCGUGUUGUCAUUUCACCGUACUUUUUUGUUUCCCAUCCUGCAUGUAUGAUGAGCAAGACGAUGAAAAUCAAAAAGCAGCACUGCCCACCCAAAUCAAGAAAAAGUGAGAAAAAUAAAAAAAAAAAACAGCAAUGCACAGCAUAACAAGACCAAUAAGGGAAGACAGAGGGAUAUGCCAGAGAAAUAUCGUUGCAAGUCCAGGAAUAAUAAGAGGAACAUUGUUAGUUGAGAGGCAGCAUAAAAAAAAAUAUCCCCAGAGAGCAACGGGCUAUUGCGCUAAGUCGAAUAACAGCAACGAGCAGGCAAAUUCUUUGACCCAAUGCCGGGCACGAGGGGACCCGGGAAUAUCAUCAUCGGUAAAAUGGCAUAAUCCCUUUCUGCAUCUCAUCAUCGAUUCGCCACCAGCAUUAAGAAAAUGAAAAUAGUAAAAAGUAAACUCUAUAAUGAAUUAUCACUUCCCCAAACGCCCUGUUCUGACUAUGCUUGAUAUGUUGAUAAUAGAAGGGCGGAUAGUGAAGUGAAGGGUGAAUGACGUUAAUUCUGAGCCUAGGGUGGUAGGGCAGGGCGAAGAGACGAGUGGUGUGGAAGGCCGUUAGUCGUUAUGCAAGCGCGCCAUAUUGAGUAACGUCGAAGAUCGUGGCUCGACCAGAUUAUGAGACGGGGCUUGAAAUCCUAGCAAGGGAUAUUGCUUUCACAGCCAUUGGCGCUGGAAGGCAUGUGAAAGGGGGUUGGAUCGAUCAAGAGGUAGGAGUUCGUAAAGGGGAAUAGAGUAGUAAAACAAAGGCCCGUGAUCCAGUCGUUCGAAUCGGAAGCAGUAAGUAAACCGACGUAAUCGAAAAGGGUUCGUUGAAAAUGAAAAAGAGGUAGUACAGACGGGGGUAUCAUUGAGUAUGGUACAAAAGUAAAUUAUGAAAAGUCAUCAAAGUUAUGCGGCGUAAUGUCGUCGAUGAGAAAUAGGAAUAGGCUUGGGCACCGGAGAGUGUUGGCCCGGAGAAUUGGGUGAAUCGCAUCGCAUGCCUGAGUUGCUUGUGCCUCGUGCACCUUUCGGGCGUAUUGGCACCUUGAUACUUGGUGCAGCACGGCGCGGGAAGUAUUCCUCGGUUUCUUCGCUCUCAAAUUCCGGAU